CAUCACUACACCCUCGGGACAGACGUUGCGAGAUCUUUUAGUCGGAUACAAGUAUCUCUCAAAGCACCAUUCGUCUCCAUUCUUCUUCCAACUAGGCUCCUUCAUCUGCCAGGUCUUCAAUCAAGACUAUUGAAUACCAUCACCACUACAAGCACCACACAAUGCAACUCACCAACCUCCUCACCGGCGCUCUCGCCGUCCCCUCUAUUGGCGCCUCCGCCUUGCCCGCCUCCUCCUCCUCUUUCUCAUCCGAGUACAACAGCAAGCGCGUCCCCACCCUCGGCGGCUUCCGCCUCUCCACCUCCGACACCUGUCCCAUGGACCUCAACUCCCAUAAUUGGGAGUUUUACACCGUCAACUUUGGCGCCGCCUGCGGCGAAUGCACCGUACCCAAGAAGCAGUUGACAGGCCCCGUCACGGAGACGUUCGACGCCCGCACCAUCAGUGACGCCUACCUCAAUCCCAAGUGCCAGAUCACGCUGUUCCAGAAGACGGACUGUUCGGAUCUGGGUAUCGUGAGCGGUAGUGGGUGCUGGGCGCCCGAGGGCGGGAUUAAAGCUUAUAAGAUUACGUGUCCUUGGUGGGAGGAGCCGGCGGCGGGUGCAGAGGAGGGGGGAAGUUGGUUGAGGCCUUGUUAUGACUAGACUGGAGGGUUUGUUUGCCUGGGAUGAAGGAAGGAGGGAAGGAAGAAAGGAAGGAAGGGGAAGAUGGUGAUGGGAAGUAUCAGGGCUUUGCGAGUGUGGUUGGAGGAAGAUGGAGUGAAGAGGUCGUGGAGGACAAUGGGAUCGGUUACUUGUUUCCUAUGAAGACACUUGUUGAUGUGGGGAUUUUCAGGACGAUAUGUUUCUGAAGAUCGUCAUACAAUUGAUGCUUUUGCUUUUUGGUCAUCCGGUUCCUUGAGAUAUCUUGUCAUCUUGUCCAUGUUCCC